AUGAAUUACAUCAAUCAACAUCACCAAACAAUUGAUCUAAAUGGAUUACAAACAAACAUUGGAUAUUAUGAACAGAAAAUUUCACAACAUCGAAAUCAGACUAUGCAUAAUAUGAAUUUGAAUACAUUUGAUCAACAUAAUUCAUUGGCUAACAGAAUGAAUACUUGUAAAAAUACUACAAUGUCUGUGUUACAACAGUCAAUACUACAUGCUGGUUCAAUUGAUUCUAUGCCAAUGUUAAUUACUCGAUGUAAUACAUGUUUAAUGUGUUUAAGAGAAUUAAUACGACAAGCAUAUGAUUUAAUUAUACCUGGUUCACCAUAUUAUUCAGUAAUCUUAAUGAAAACUCCUCUUUCACCAGCCAUAACAGCACAAAUUCUUGAAAGUUUAAAACUACCAGACUAUCCACUUGUUAAAGUUGCUGAUGAUCGAUGUGCUUCAUGUGCGACACAAUUUAUUCAAUUAAAAAUUGAUGCACUUAGUUAUGUGAGAAGAAGUGUUUUAUCCGUUACAACAGGAAAAUUAACUAGAGUAUCACCAACCUUAAUGAGAUCAAAUGCUGAUCGAAUGACCAGAUUACCUGAUGAAAAUGUAUACUGUCAAUCUUCCAGAGUAGAUAACGCUAAAUUAGAUUGGAUAAGUAAUCGUACCUCAGAGUUUUCGCAUGAUGAACUGAAUAAUCUUUUUUCUACUGUCAUGAAAACUGAGUUAUCUGCUCGCGUAAGUUUAAAUUUCACUCGAGUUUUUUUUCCAAUAUUUUUUUUUUCGUUAACAUUUCAAUUUAUAUAUUGA